CGCGGCGGCGGCAGACGCGUGUGUGCGCGCGCGCGAGAGCGGGGCCCGCGGCCGGUGCUCGCCGGCGACUCCCCCGCCCUUCCCUUCCCCCCCCUUCCCCGCCGGCCUCAGCGCUUCGCCCCGCUUCGUCUUCCCCCCCGCCCCGGCCCCGUUUCCCCCGCAGCCGGGCGGGGGAGGAGGAUGGAAACACCCUUCUACCAUGAUGAUGUGUUGAGCGGCCUCGGCAGCGGCUUCGCCUCGUCCUCCGGCAGCAGCGGGCUCCUCCUGCCCUUCCCCGGCGGCAGCAUGAUGAAGAAGGACGCGCUCGGGAUGGCGUUACCGGAGCAGGUGGCGGCGGCGUUGAAAGCGCCGGGCGCGGCGAGCGGCGAAGCGGCGGGAUUGCUGGGCUCGGCGGAGCUGGGGUUGCUGAAGCUGGCGUCCCCCGAGCUGGAGCGGCUUAUCAUCCAGUCCAACGGGCUAGUGACCACCACGCCGACCAGCGGGCAGUUCCUCUACCCCAAAGCGGCCGCCUCCGAGGAGCAGGAGUUCGCUGAGGGUUUCGUUAAAGCGCUGGAGGACUUGCACAAGCAGAACCAGCUGGGCGGCGGCGCGGCGGGGAGCGGCGGAGGCGGCGGCGGCGGAGCGGCAGGAGGAGGAGGCGGCGGCAGCGGCGCGGGCGAGCUGCCCGCCGCCGGCCUGGCCCCGGAGCCGCCUGUGUACGCCAACCUCAGCAGCUACCCGGCGGUCAGCUACGCCGCCGACCCCGGUCCCUUCGCGGCGCCGCCGCCGCGGCUCGCCCCGCCGCCGCCUCCGCCGCCGCUAAAGGACGAGCCUCAGAUCGUCCCGGAGGUGACGAGUUUCGGGGAGAGCCCGCCGCUCUCCCCCAUCGACAUGGACACGCAGGAGCGCAUCAAGGCGGAACGAAAGCGGCUGAGGAACCGGAUCGCCGCUUCUAAAUGCCGCAAGAGGAAGCUGGAGCGGAUCUCGCGUCUGGAGGAGAAGGUGAAGAGCCUCAAGAGCCAGAACACGGAGCUGGCCUCCACCGCCAGCCUGCUCCGCGAGCAGGUCGCCCAGCUCAAGCAGAAGGUCCUCAGCCACGUCAACAGCGGCUGCCAGCUCCUGCCCCAGCACCAGCACCAGGUGCCGGCGUACUGACCCCGCGCCCCGCGGACUUCCCCCCCCGCGCCCCGGGCACGGACUCUGAGGGGGCCCGGACAUGGACAGAAGGGCCUCGCGGACCGAGGGUGCGAGGGGAGGGAGAGGACAGCGCUCCCGAGCGUGGUGGCGGGGAGGGGAGAGCCGCAGCCCUCCCCGCCCGAGGACUGAGGGGGAGCCCGGGCCGCCCCCGCCGGGACUCGCGGGCCCUGUUUUUUUCUUUCUCCCCGAGACAUUCCAGUCAGGCCCCAGUAAAACCCCGCACACGGA